ACCAUUCUCCACCCUCUGUGUGUAAAAUAUCCCCCUUCAGCCAAGUACAGAAGAUGCUUUCUAACUGAACUCAUCAAAAAGCAUGAAUCUACAGCAGCUGAACCCCUGGAUGAAUUGUACAAUACACUGGCAGAUAUUUUAAAUGAAGAAGAAUCUACUCACUGUUACAAAAACUACUUACUGCCCACGGGAGAAUGUGUUACCCUUUCCGAGAGCGUGGCAAUUAUCUCUGGAGGAACCACGGGGCUCGUCACAUGGGAUGCUGCUCUUCAUCUUGCUGAGUGGGCAAUAGAGAAUUCUGUGGUUUUCAGUAACAGGACAGUCUUGGAAUUAGGAAGUGGGAUUGGCUUCACUGGAAUUGCAAUCUGUAAAACCUGCAAUCCCAAGACCUAUAUAUUUAGUGACUACCACCACUGUGUUCUCAAACAGCUGACAGAAAACAUCCGUUUGAAUGGCUUUGUCUUGGAGCCUGAAACUACCCAGCGUAUCCAAACAGAGUCCCGAGGCCAGGAGGCAGAAGAAACAAAUUGCCAAACCCCAAAACUAACUGUUGCAGAACUUGACUGGGGCUCAGUUACAGAAAAACAACUGUUGGAUCUUCAAGCUGAUGUCAUCAUUGCAGCAGAUGUGGUAUAUGAUCCAGAGAUAACUUUAGCCCUUUCUGGUAUGCUACAAAAACUCUCCACUUUGAAAGCGGAUAGAAAACCUCCUGAGGUCUACAUUGCCUUCACAAUUCGUAAUCCAGACACAUAUCACCUGUUCCUGACUGAGCUUGAUAAAGUUGGGAUUGGAUGGCAGAUUAUUCCAGCCCACAGCAACAGUGUUUUUCUCUAUGACGUGCAGCCAAACAUAACUAUUCUACAGCUAUUUAUAUAA